UAUAAUUAGUGCCCUUAUUUAUCAAAUAAUCACCAAUUUUCAGCUGCUUUCAGAAAUUCCUAGUAGUAAUGGAACCACUUGUUCUUGUUCAGAGAUUUUCUGACAAAAGGUUGAGUGGCAAAGUGGCUGUAAUAACAGGCGGAGCAAGAGGAAUUGGUGCAGCCACAGCAAAAUUAUUUGCACAAAAUGGAGCUAAUGUAGUAAUUGCUGACAUACUUGAUGAUCUAGGCCACACCUUAGCUGAUUCAAUUGGAGGAAAAUACAUCCAUUGUGAUGUUGCUAAUGAAUCUGAUGUUAAAUCAACGGUCGAUCUAGCAUUAUCAUGGAAAGGAAAACUUGAUAUCAUGUUCAACAAUGCAGGCAUUGCAGGUCCUUCUGGUAGUAUUACAAAUAUUGACAUGGAGCAAGUAAAAUACUUGUUUUCUGUUAAUGUGAACGGAAUUCUACACGGAAUCAAGCAUGCGGCGAAAGCGAUGAUUGAUGGUGGAAACGGGGGUUGCAUUCUAUGUUCGUCGAGUACUUCAGCUAUAAUGGGAGGGUUAGGAUCGCACCCGUACUCAUCUUCAAAAGAAGCAAUUUUAGGAUUGAUGAAGAGUAGUGCUUGUGAGUUAGGGGUUCACGGAAUAAGAGUGAAUUGCAUUUCACCGCACGGAGUUCCUACCGAGAUCCUUGUGGGUGCGUACAGGGAGUUUUUGGGGAGAGCGGAAAUGAAAGCGGAAGAAGUGAGCAAAAUCGUUGCGGAAAGAGGAAGUCUAUUGCGGGGGAGAAGUGCAACAGUUGAAGAUGUGGCUCAGGCUGCAUUGUUUCUUGCAAGUGAAGAAUCAGGGUUUAUAACAGCACAUAAUCUGGUUCUUGAUGGAGGCUAUACCUCUGCUAUUAGCAACAUGAACUUCAUUUAUAAUUAGUAAAAUUGAAAUCAAGAAAAUAUGCCUUACAUUUACUUAUUCAUUUUUGAAAUUAAUUAUAUGACCAUAAAGUUCAAACUUAUCAAAAGAUAUAUUAAAAUUAUUAUUUUUUGAAUCUAAA